CCUGUUCAGUGUAGCAUAAACAUUAAGGCUCGACAAAGCUAGAUCUGUGAUUGGACUGUGACCGGACACAUUUCACAGUAAUGGAUGCCAUUGAUGAGUUGGAUGAAGAUCAACUUAUUGACUAUGCAAUUCAAAUGAGUAUUCAGGAGUCUUGCAAGCAUACAUUUUUAACAGCAAUGGAAAGUUUGGAGACAGCCAGUGAUGAAAAUCUAAAGAUCCUGGCUGCAAUUGAGCAAGGGGACACAGUCAGGCUCCAGGAGCUGUCAGAGUUCACAUCGGCCUUCAGCGAGGUGGACAGUAAGGGAUGGCUGCCUCUUCACAGAGCUGCGGUCCAGCCCCUGGUGCAGGUGCUAGAGACUGUGAUGUACGCCUCAUACAAGCUGACCUUGGAGGAGAAGACGACAGAGGGCGAUACAGCGCUGACUCUAGCCAUUCAGGCGGGCCUGGUGGACAACAUGAGGGCACUGCUGAGCAACUGGGCAUCUCCAAACAACCCCAACAGCAAGAACGAAUCUCCCCUCCUGCUCGCAGUGAGAAUGGGAUCGUAUGAAAUGGUGGCCAACCUCAUCAUGCACGGAGCCGUUGUGGAGCAGAACUGUCUGAAGAAGUGGACCGCCGUGCACGAGGCGGCCAAGGUGGGCUGCAGUGACAUCAUGAUGCUGUUGCUAAGGAACGGGGGCAGCGUCACGGAGAGGGAUCAACACGGUGUGACUCCGCUGGGAAUCGCUGCCGAAUAUGCCCAUGCAGAUGUUCUUGAGAUUCUCAUCAACUACGGUGGGGAUGUGAAUGCGCAGGCCCCUAACGGCGACAGCGUGUUGUACGAUGCUGCUGGUUCAGGAAACCCUGACUGCAUCGAUCUUCUACUGGAACACGGAGCCAAUCCCAAUGUGGCCAGUCUGUGGUCACACCUUCCCAUCCACCGGGCAGCCUACGAGGGCCACCUGCUGGCACUGAGAAUGUUGAUUCCAAUCACUACCAAAAGGGCCAUUCGACUCUGUGGCCAAAGUCCUGUUCACUCUGCAGCAGAUGGUGGUCACCCCCAAUGCUUGGAGCUUCUCAUAGAGAAUGGCUUUGAUGUCAACUCUAUGCUAGAGAAACACAUUUCAGAGAACUAUGGCGACAUGCGGAAGAGCGCCUUGUAUUUUGCUGUCUCUAAUGGGGACGCCACCUGCACCGAGAUGCUGCUGAACGCGGGAGCGAAGCCUGAGUUGGACCCGCUGCGCUGCCUCCUAGUGGCCAUACGGGCAGGGCGCUAUGAGAUUGUGAAGCUGCUGCUGGCCAAACAGGCGGAUGUGAACUGCUACUUCACGGUGGUCAGUGACACGGUGUUCCCCACCGCGCUGCAGUACUGUCUGAGGGACGAGAUGAUGAUGAGACUUCUGCUCAACAACGGCUAUGAUGCAGAGAGGUGCUUCUGCUGUCGCCAUGACAACCGAUUCAGUACCCUGUGCCCCUGGAAUGAUCUCAAUAACCAGCUCUGUGAGGUAUCCAGCCAAGGAGAGAAAAUACCUUUCUGUGACUUCAUCAGCUUGUCGUACCUGGUGCACUUGUCAGGGAGUGUGGUGAGGAUUCUGCUGGACUACGUCAGUCACGUACCCAUCUGCUCCAAACUAAAACUCAUUCUGGAGAAGCAGAGAGAGUGGCCAGAGAUCUGCGACAUACUGGGGAACCCGCGGACACUGAAGCACCUAUGCAGACUGGUGAUCCGGAGACAGAUGACCCCAAAGAGACUGUGUGACCCUGACAUCAUGGACUCCGCCCCUUUCCCUCCCAUGGUCAAGAGCUACCUGGUGUACAAAGAGUAUAACCUGUACCACCUGUAAACAUGUAAAAGUGUCCCUUUCUUCCUCCUCAUCUUCCUGAUUCUUCUUCUUGAAGAAGCUGCUUCUCCUGUAGAGGGAUGUUUUCCUCACCUAAAGACAAUCAAAUGAUUAAUUUGUUUGCAUCCCCAGAUGCAGACUCAUUUUGAAUCAGAAUCAGUUCAGUUCCCAUGACUACAGACCGAAGCAAACUGAAUCUAAUCAGACCUGAUUGUGUUGGUAAUCUGAAUUUAACUGAACAACAUUUUGUAUAUUUUUACCCGUUUACUGUGUACUUCUUGUUUUCUUAUAGUCACCUAGCAUUUUUGCUGAAUAAUCCAUAUGCCACAUUAUAAUGGUGUGAUUUUACAUUUUGCUGGACAGUUACAUGGGGCAUGUAUUCCUACAUGUUACAGAUUGUCUGACUUUUAUUUGCACUCAUCUUCUUACCUGU